CGCCCGGUCCGCCAUCUUGGAUGGAGGGAGAGAGGAAAAAAAAGGAGGAGGGAGGAGAGAGUGCUGUGGAGAGAGCAGGAGGGGGCUGUGAAUCGCUCCCUAUAGACUGACACUGAGCCUGAGAGCCUACAGAGAGGGUGCACACACGUAUUGCGGGCACAGAUUUAGGCACCCUUUAAUAGAUAAUUAUACACAGACAGCAAUCCCCAUUCUCUACAUAUUACAUAUAUGAUUGUACACCUCCUUAUAGACAGAGACAUAUUGCAUAAGCAGGGCAGGAGGCCACACAUGCAGUACACAUACAUAGGGAAAUAAUAUAUUUUUGCUAAAGGUAUAUACAGUAGUUAUAUACAUAUUUAUAUAUACAUCUAUUUAUACAUAUAUAUGAGGCCAAGCUGACACACAGGGGAGCUAGUGACAGGAUUAAUUCUGUGAAACAGGGAUUUAUAUAUGUUUCUGUGUGUACGUAAUCUGAUGUCAGGUUUGUGCUGAACCAUAGUAAGAGAUUGAAAUAGAAGAAACAGACACAAAGAGAAGGAAAAGAACUGGGAGGAAAACAAAAGCCUGAAAGAGACAUUUGCUACAUGCAGAGAGAGAGCACUCUGGAGAGUGUUUGCUGCCUGUGGGGGCGGCUGGUGGGUGACGGAGAAGCUGGCACAUUUGCCUAUGUCCAGAGAGCAAGUCAGGGUUAGGACAGACGGGCUACUAGCCCAAAGAGCCAGCAUGGGAGGCCACGGUGAGAGAGAGCAGCCUGUCAAUCACUGAGAUCUGAGAGACAGCUGAGAAGAGACAUCCAGAGGCACGGGGAAGACGAUCAGCCUUAGUGGGUCCCUCCUCCCUGGGGCGUGGUGGCGGUUCCCCGUGGAGGGCUCCCUUUGGCCCCCGUCAUGCCUUCCAAUGCACGGGCUGGCAGCCUGAAGGACCCGGAAGUGGCAGAACUCUUCUUCAAAGAAGACCCAGAAAAACUAUUUGCUGACUUGAGAGAGAUUGGGCAUGGCAGCUUUGGGGCUGUGUACUUUGCCCGUGAUAUCCGUAACAAUGAAGUUGUUGCCAUCAAGAAAAUGUCAUAUAGUGGGAAGCAAUCUAACGAGAAAUGGCAAGAUAUCAUAAAGGAAGUGAAGUUUCUGCAGAAGCUCCGACACCCAAACACUAUAGAAUAUAAAGGAUGCUACUUGAGGGAGCACACAGCUUGGCUGGUGAUGGAGUAUUGCCUGGGCUCUGCGUCAGAUCUCCUGGAGGUGCACAAAAAACCUCUACAGGAGACAGAGAUUGCUGCUAUUACCCAUGGUGCACUGCAAGGCCUGGCCUACCUCCAUAACCACAACAUGAUUCACCGAGAUGUGAAGGCUGGGAAUAUCCUUCUGACAGAACCAGGAUUGGUGAAGCUGGGGGAUUUUGGUUCUGCCUCAAUCGUGGCUCCAGCUAACUCCUUUGUGGGAACUCCAUACUGGAUGGCUCCUGAGGUGAUCCUUGCUAUGGAUGAGGGACAAUACGAUGGGAAGGUGGAUGUAUGGUCUCUAGGGAUCACAAGUAUUGAGUUAGCGGAGAGAAAACCUCCCCUCUUUAAUAUGAAUGCUAUGAGUGCCUUAUACCACAUCGCUCAGAACGAAUCGCCAGUCCUACAGUCCAACCACUGGUCUGAAUAUUUUCGCAACUUUGUGGAUUCCUGUUUGCAGAAGAUCCCCCAGGACAGACCCAGUUCAGACAUCCUAUUGAAGCAUCGGUUCCUCCAGAGGGAGCGUCCACAGACAGUGAUUAUGGAAUUGAUUCAGCGCACAAAAGAUGCAGUGAGAGAACUGGAUAAUUUGCAAUACCGAAAGAUGAAGAAAAUACUUUUCCAGGAUACCCAGAAUGGGCCCAACACAGAAACCACUGAGGAGGAAGAGGAAUCCGAGCAUUUCAUGCACUGUACAGGCACAAUUACCAGUAUGGAGAGCAGUCAAUCUGUGCCAAGCAUGUCCAUCAGUGCCAGCAGCCAGAGCAGCUCUGUCAAUAGCCUGGCAGAUGCCUCGGACGACAGCGGAGAAAUGGCCAUGAUGCAGGAAGGCGAGCACACAGUGACGUCAAACAGCUCUGUAAUCCACCGUCUGCCGGCUCACGAUAAUAUAUAUGAUGAUCCUUACCAGCCCGAGAUGGAACCCCAGCAGUCAUCCUCCGCUGCCCGGCGCCGGGCAUACUGCCGCAAUCGUGACCACUUUGCCACAAUCCGCACAGCCUCCUUGGUUACCCGACAGAUCCAGGAACACGAGCAGGACUCGGCUCUUCGUGAGCAGAUGUCUGGUUACAAGCGUAUGCGGAGACAGCACCAGAAGCAGCUGAUGGCUCUAGAGAACAAACUGAAGUCUGAGCUGGAUGAGCAUCAGCAACGGUUGGACAAGGAGCUGGAAGCUCACAGGAGCAACUUUAGUGCAGAGACGGAGAAGCUGGGCAAGAAACACCAGGCUAUCUUUGAGAAAGAGGGAAAGUCAGCUUUAACAGAAGAGAAAAAGUUCCAGCAGCAUAUAUUAGGUCAGCAAAAGAAGGAGCUCACAAACCUUCUGGAAAGCCAGAAAAGGCAGUACAAGAUACGUAAAGAGCAACUCAAAGAGGAGCUGCAGGAGAACCAGAGCACUCCGAAGCGUGAGAAGCAGGAGUGGCUGCUUAGGCAGAAGGAGAGUAUGCAGCACUACCAGGCUGAGGAGGAAGCCAACCUGCUGCGGCGCCAACGCCAGUACUUUGAGCUACAGUGCAGGCAAUAUAAACGCAAAAUGCUGCUGGCCCGGCAUAAUCUGGACCAAGACCUGCUCAGAGAGGAGCUAAACAAGAAGCAGACACAGCGGGACUUGGAGUGCGCAAUGCUUUUGAGACAGCAUGAGUGCACACAGGAGUUGGAGUUCCGUCAUCUGCAGCUCCUCCAGCACACUCGAAGCGAGCUGAUCCGCAUGCAGCACCAGACUGAGCUGGGCAACCAACUGGAGUACAACAAGCGUCGGGAACAGGAGCUGCGACAGAAGCACGCUGCUGAGGUCCGGCAGCAGCCCAAGAGCCUCAAAGUAAGGCCCGGGGAGGAGGAGGAGGGGGGAGAGGAAGGCACCUUCAGCCUCUGCAGCUCUGAGGAUGAGGAGGAGCCAGCAGUUUCUGAGGGUCGUACAGAAGCAGAUGGCUGCCUUGAUCCAGAUGUUCCCUACUUUGAGCUAUCUUCUGAGUGGGAGCCUGUUCCAGCCACCCCAUCCCAUCCACAACCCAGUCAGGCACCCUCCUCUCUGCCCAGCCAUGCCCUAUGUGCAGCAUUUACCCUCUUAGCAGCUUGUCGCCCAUUUUGCCCAUGGUCUCUUCUCCCACUGUUGCUGGCCCUCCUCACCCUCUGGCGACCAGGACCUCUGCUGGACUCUUUACUUUUGGCCCUUGAGACAUUAGCAGCCAGUUUGCUGUGCGGUUACAUUCUACUGUAUUGGGUCUUGGCUCUAAGCUCAACCUCAUUCUUACUGCUGGCUCAGAGUUGGGGGGCAGUGGCCGCCCUGGCUCUGAGCUACAGACUACGGUUAUAUUAUGUGCCAGUACUGGCAAUAGCCGUGGGGGUUUUCACCUCCCCGGGUCUCUUCCUUUCACUCUUCCUGGUGGCUGGUUCACUGGGAAAGCCAGCAAGCCACUGGUUGAAGAAUUGGCCAAAGCGCGCUCGUAGGCUUUGGCUCCGUACCCUUUUGAGUUUCCCCCGACCCCUGUUCAGAGUUCUACAGCGUUGUGGGGCAGCAGGAGAGGAUGGCCUCUUUUACCUCUUCCCUAAAACUUAUAAGGGUGGUUACCGGAGCCGCAUCCCUGUGUUGGCCAGGGGUUUUCGGACAGGAGCUGAAGGCAAGGCCUACAUGUGGAGGAAGCUUAUCAGAGCUCCCUCACAGUUGGCAAAGGCUCUGAACCUCAGCCUUGGCCAAGGGGUGAGGAGGCUCUGUGGGGUGCUUCCUUCAGGAGUUUUGAUAGUUAUGGAGAGACUGAGACUCCUGAGGGUGGAAAGGCCAAGCCGUAUUCCCAGGCUCCUUAGCCGUGAGCAGCGCAGGAAGAUGGCAGCAAAACGUAGGGAGCAGCGGGUAUCCCUAGUGGGCAGGGGAGUGGGUAGGCAGAACACAGCUAGGAGAACAAACCGCCCUAUCCCUUGGAGGUAAGGAGGGCUGACACGUGGGUAUUGGAGAGACCAUUUUCCCAGUCCUAAACCAUUAUGUGCCUUAUUGCUUGCUGCCUUUUAGGAAGUUCAGAUUAUAAUGUCAUGAAGGGAUCACAUUGUGUCACUUUUGUGGCUAUUUCUAAAUGGGGUUGAACCACUUUAGUCACCUUUUUUAAAGUGUUAUGGUUUUGUGUUUGUUUUGUUUUUUUGUUUGACACUUUGCUGGUCUCUAAGGCAGGGGGGUUGCAAGUUUGUGCUGUUUAUUUAUUGGUAACCUAUCUGUGCUUACACAUGCUUACUCUUAGCUAUGCAUUGCAGGCCUCAAUGGCAGCCAAGGUGUUAAAAAAAAAAGACAGCUCACAGACAAUGUGCCCAUGUGAUUUAUGUGGAUAACACAUUUUUUAUUUCAUUAUAGGGACAUAAGUCACAACUGAACUCGCAUGAUUCAGCUAGAGCAAGCAAUUUAGGGGACGGACGGACCUUAGUGCUUCAUACCCGUGCAUACUCCUUAUCUACCUACCUAGGUAUGCUCUUUAACAAAGUAAAGAAAGAGAAUGGCAUGAAAGUAAAUUGCUUGCUCUAGCUGAACUUGGAAAGUUUACUUUUGCCUUAUGUCUUGAAGUUCUUUUUCUAUAAAUUGGCUGUGAACGAUAUCUUCAUUCUAGUUGGGACCAUAAUGUUUACCUGUAUACUGAUUCCUCUGUUCCCCUCAUCUGCUAAACUGUAAGUUUCACAGCAAAUACCAGCCAGUGCCAGUACUCUGUUAGACUACCUAUAUAGGGUCUUGUUGGGAUUUGUUUUCGUGGCACUUUUGUACAUUCAGUCUGUAUUGCUCUUAAAAGAUAAAUCCAGUCUUUCAUGUGCUGCAUUAGGCUUACUAUGUAUAAUGUGUAAAGUAACGUUGCUACUUAUUGCUCCGUGACGACUGCUAGGUGCGACUAGUACUAUCUACUUGA